AUGCUGUCCAUCCAAACACGCACCGACGCGACGAAGACUCGCGACUGGUUGCGUGAUGACCAUGAUGCUAUUCAGUGAUUGUCAUUCACGUGAUUCAUCGUUCAUGGCAUGUAGCAUCCCCCACUUGCUUUCUCAUCCCAUCGCCAUCCACGCUUGACUCUUGUACGGCAGCAGCAGUGGCAGUGGCAGUGGCAGUAGCGCCAGCAUGGAAGGGACAAAUGUCAGCUACCAAUCGCACCACCACCACCACCACCGCAUCUCGUCCGUGCAAGCCCAUCAAUGAGCGCAAGAUCACCUCCCACUCUCGUCGACUCAACGUCCCUCAUCGCGCCCAAAGAGUCCUGAGCAACCUCGAAGGAUUUUAUCCGAAAAGUGGACGAGAUCUUGCAACAGGCCAUGUCACCAAAGACGAGGCAAAGUCAAAGGCAAACGAAGGGGAAGAGGGGCGAAAUGGUCGGAGCGAGGAGCGUGAAGAGCGAGAGGAGGGAGGGAUGAUGUUGGCUAUACGAACGAAUCGACGUGCGCCUGCGACGAGUGAUUGGAGAAGAUUUGGGAGGGAAAGGAGGGCAGCAGAGUUGCUAGGACAGUUACAUGGACAGGGAAGGUCUGGAGAGAAGGCGAGGAGCUACGCGUACAGGCCCAAACAGUCUCACUUGCAGUGGACACGAUCUGAGCAGCAGCAGCUGACAGGCAAUGCAGGUCCAAGCUCGAUCAGAGGAGGGGACAAAGUGGUAGAGCACAAUGCAGAGGGUGAGAUCAACCCAUCUAGUCAACCUGUUACUGUUACAAGGAGGGACUCGCUGCCAGCUGAGGUGGAAGGGAUGUCCGAAGACGUGGAAGACGAAGAGGAGGAUUGGUGGCGCAAUUUGCCUUCGGAAGAGCAGAUCAUCAGCAGUGUUGCUCUUGCAGACGAUUCUAAAGAAAGGUCGCUUCAAGACAGGGGUGCAUCCAUUGUCACGAUGAUGACUGAUCAAGAGGUGCGAGCAUCCCGGUCUGAUGAGAUCGAUUCAAAAGAACCUCGCACCUCAAACACCGACGUCAAGAUAUUCGGUGCACCUCCAGUGCCGCUAUUCUCAGCACGCGCAGCGACAGAAAGAGCAUCGCUCACUUCCAGACAAGGCUUGAAGAGGAAGGAUAAUCCCCUGACCCAUUUUCACCACGACAGCGUCGGUUUGAGGACAACGCACUAUACAACGUCAUCGACGGGUCAUCAGGUGUCCAAUAGGUUAGGUCCCGGCGCACCCGGUGCCACUUGGUGGGAUACGCGUUUGCAAAAACUUCGUUCACAAGCUUGCGAAGAGGAAAGCGAUCUUUUCAAAGGUAUCGUUGCCUACGUCAAUGGCUUUACAGGAGCGAACACAACGCGAAGAGAAGUGGUGAGGUUAUUGCAGAUGCACGGUGCCAAAGUCGUCAUCAUGCCUUCAGCAAAGACGACGCACAUUUUUACGGCCGCUUUCCUUUCCGCAUCCAAAGCGCACAAGGUGCUUGUCAAAAGACGAGGCGGUCUAGGUCCCAAGAUCCUGCACGUGCAAUGAAAAUUUGCAACAUUAAAGGGUGUUUGAUAGUCUGGCGACAGAUCCACCUCGUAGACAGACUGAGCACGUCUAUUCCAUCCUCAACCCUCCUACACGACACGAGGAAGCAUCUCAGCCGCACUCGCUCUCGACUGGAUCGACAUCCGCGCCCAUGGCGUCUCAUGGAGAGAUGCGAAAGGCUGUGAAAAGGGUAGUGCCUGCUACUUUGACAACCUUGCCCCAUGCAC